UAGGAGUUUGAUGCUACGGACACUUAAUGCCGCCGUGAUUAAUGCCGUGACAGGCUAGAGUGCGGACGCGUUCUCCGCAGCUCAGUGUUUUUCUGCUUUUUUUUUUUUGCUUUCCUAAGCAACUGCGAGCUGCAGUUAGCUUAUUUAAUAGUAUUAGUAAGUUUAUAUAUAUACAAAGUUAAAUUAUGGGAGAUACUAAACAAUCAAAAAAAGAACACGACGCUUUGAAAGCUAAGCUCAGUUACACAAUCUUGUUAAGGAACACGAGGUCCUUCGAGCGAAGAUGUCGGAAAAGCUUGACAGAGAUCAUUCGCCAACCAGUGAUGAUAUGCAAAGCUUAAACAUCACUUGCGACGGGCUUUUAGCGUGGAGGAAAGAGGUGGAUGCAGCUUUAAACAGUUUUCAGGCCAAAUUAGGGACAUUGGUCGACAAAGUAGACUCUAAGGGCAAAGAAAUAGAUGGUGCCACCGCAUACAGCUACCAAUAUAAUCUCAAAAUAACUGGAGUGCCCCAGAUGUCGGACAAGGAGAAUGCAGACCAAACGACGAGCUUGUGCCUUCACCUGUUCAGCAAAAUUGGAGUCGAGAUGGAUGACUAUGAGAUAGACAUCGCACAUAGGAUCCCUACACGAGUUCAACAUGGCCGCCGAGGGCAGAAGAACAAGCCCAUAAUCUGCAAGUUUGUGAGGAGAUCAGUACGGGAGAGGGUUCUGGCAGCAAGGAAAAACACUUCAGGUCUCAAAUCGGAGGACUUUGGAUUGCCCCCAGACGCAGUUCUUGGUCGUAUAUCAAUACUCAGACACCUGCCGCCAAAACUACAGGAGCUCCUGGGCAAAGCCAAGGACUAUCAAACUAAGCAUGGCUUCAAGUUUUGCUGGGCCAAGAGCACGGCAGUCUUCCUCCGAAAAACCGAGAACUCGACGGUCCAUCGGCUUGAAUCUACAGAAGACUUAGAUAAUUUAAGUCUAAAUGAACCAACUGUGGCCGAGGUCGAGGAGCAACAGCCAUUACCUAUAAAUGACAGCUAUGUAAAAUGAAAUUUCAGUUAAACCUUAUGUCUGCUGAAUUAGGUGCUCAAAAUUUUCCUUUGCCAGUACUAACUACUGUAAAAUUUCUUACUACUGUACAUACCAUUAUGUGUUUAUAUCUAAAUCGCCUCAAUGCCUAUGCGUGAUAGAAACACUUUAAAAAGGAAAUGAAGAGUACCUUACACGAACUCCCCUACUUUAGUUACCGGGGAGACUUUGCGUCUUUCCAUGGCCGUUUCAAUAAUAGCCUUUUAAGUACAAAAAAAUCUAAGCGAAAUUUAGACAAUCUACCGAGUCUCUAUGACCUCGAGCUAUUUAGUUUAAAUGCCGAUACAGACCAAAACAUAAAUAAUUCCGAUACCUCAACUUGUAUACGAAGUAAAUAUUAUUCACCCCAUAGUUUCGAGAAAAUGAAAAAUAAUUUAACUAAAGAUGAAUUAGAUAAUACAUUUUCAGUUUUUCAUAAUAAUGUCAGAAGCAUAAGAUCGAACCUAGAAUAUUUGGAAACUCAAAUACUCCAUGAACUUGACCACCAUUUUGAUGUUAUUGGAAUAACCGAAACUAAAAUUACAAAUUCUAAUUCUAAUGUUGAUCUACCAAAAAUUCCAGGCUAUAACUUUGAAUACGUUCCGACGCCUCUUUCGGCUGGGGGUGUCGGAUUGUUCAUUGACGAGUCGCUUAGCUAUGUUGUCUUA